AUGCAAAAAAAGCAGUAUAUCGAGGACCAGAGAUCCAUUUCUCCAGUAUUAGAGUCGGGUUCUUACAAACAAAAUGAUGGUUACAUGAAAGGUGAUGAGAAGAACACGUUAGCGAUGUUCAACCAGCUAUUUAUUGACUCCAACAAAUUAGCCGCCGACGAUGAAAAUGACAACACAGACGGAGAAGCAGGAGAAAGCAGUAACGGAGAAGAAUAUGAGGAAGAAAUCAUUCAUUUAGGUGAUGGUGAUCAUCACGACGAUACCGCUAUGGUGGAUGGUGAAAAAAAGAUAGUUGAUAGUGAGGAAGAUUGCAACGACUAUGAGGCAGAGACAAAUGGUAAUGAAGAUGGUAAUACAGACGAAAAUAAAGAGAAUUGCGACCCCAAUCAUGGUGAUAUGAAGCUAACAAAUGAGAAGCCUCUUGCAAGAGGAAGGCCAUCAAGUUGUGUGUUUGUUGCCAGUCUCUGCUCCAGUAGAAGUGACGACGAACUCUGUGUGUCUGUAACUAAGCAUUUUGGCCAAUGGGGUAAAUUAUCAACCGUUAAGGUACUCCGUGAUCCUGCAAAUAGGCCAUAUGCCUUUGUUCAGUAUACAAAUGAUAAGGAUUCGAGAACUGCCAUUUACAGAGGACAUAACUCAAUCUUGAACGGUAGAAACUUGAGGUGUGAGGCAGCAAAGGUUAACAGGACAUUGUUCAUUUCUUCCAAGUUCUUGAAAACAGAAAAAGGAUUCAAAGAUGCGUUGCAAGAGUUUGGAGAAAUUGAGCAAUUAAUCCCCAGCGAUGAAUUCGGCAAUGUUAAGUCAAGCAAACCACAUACAAAGAGCUCUAAGCAUUGGUUCUGUAAAUAUGUUUAUCGUGACGAUGCCAUCAGAGCUUUUGCCAACCUAAGUGAAAAUAAUUUGUUUCAUAUUGAAUGGGCUCAGAAUAUUGAAACCUUCAGCAGUAAUAAAAACCACAACAGUUAUCACAAUGCAGUGAAGCAAGAGGAAAAUAAAAUGAAGUUCGACAAAUUUUCCGUGUUCGUUGGUCAAUUGAACUGUUCCGUCACGGAAGAGGAAUUGAUUAAAAGAUUUAAGCGCCAUGGUAAAAUUGAAGAAGUCACUAUUAUUAAAAAGACUUCCAACACAUUUGGCUUUGUUAAAUAUAAGGAAGAAUCGAGUGCAGCGAGUGCUGUCGAAAGGGAGAAUCAUUCUAUGUUUAAAGAUAAGACAAUGCAUGUUCAGUAUAGAGAAUUACAUUCAAAUACCUUGAAGCAUUCACCCAAGGCCCAAGGGGUUGCAUUAGCACCUCCUCCUAUUAAUCUAAAGAAAAGAACCACAUUGGGUGCUAAGAAGACUUCUGAUUUGAGGAAAAUUUCACCAUUUAACCAUCACCUUUACCCCAUGCCUAUCCCCAUACCAACAAAGAAGAACUUCAACAGCUACACUACAAAUCAUAGUAAGCAGAGAAAUAUCACCAAUCCAUACAAUACAAAUUCUAUCGGUAGACGGAGAUACUCCAAGUUUGGUGACGUUUACGAUAAAUUGAAACCAGAAAUAAAGGAGGAUUCACCUACCCCCCCAGAAAGCGUUCAAACAUAUGAUUCACAUACAAUCACUAAAAGCGGAUAUUCUCCUUCUAGUGCUGUGAACAGCGAAAGAUCAGAAGGAAACAAGAAUCUCAAAAGUACCAAUAAAACUAAGAAUGUCCCAUAUUUUUACUAUAUUCCCACUAAUGAAGUAGCAUCUGGUUCAAACUCAGGUUAUUACAAUCCGUACCAAUACUUUAUUCCAUACGAAGCAUCGCCAGAAUUUCAAUCACAAAAUGGUUAUGGUGUACCAUUCCCGAUGUAUUAUCCACCAACAAAUAAUGAUCAAGAAUUCAAUUUUGAAGAUUCAUUUGAAACUCCAAAUUGA